AUGUCUCUGAAAGCGUGGCUGGGAAUCGACAAAAUCCAAAAAUUCGGACAAAUCGUCAAGGAGAUUGGCGGUGUCAAGGCAGUCCUUCGUAAACGUUACUUGAUGGACGUAACCCGUGUUGGAACACUCGUCGGAUCCGAUAAAUUCGGCAAUCGUUACUACGAGAAUAACGAAUAUUUUGUGCCACGUAAUCGUUGGGUCGAGUUUCCCGAUAAAGUUUGGCUCGACUAUGAUGCGACUCAGGUGCCACCAGAGUGGCACUCGUGGCUCCACCACAUCACCGACGACGCUCCAUCGGUGAAGCCGCCACCAACUCAGAGUUUCGUGUUGGAUCACAAGGAGAACACAACUCUCGACGCCGACAAAAAAUACAUCCCAUACUCGACGACUCGUACCAAAGUACAAGGAUGGACUCCCGGACAGAAGCCACAAUUCGAUUGA